AUGUCUAAAUCGCUAGAGCCUGAAGAUGGCUUCAGAAAAACCUGCGCGGACUUCGAUCAGAACGCACUUGACUUGAACAAGCAAAUACGAGCAACACAAGAUGAGCUUCGACAGCAUAAGGAAAAGAAUGACGGGCACAUCGCAGAGCUGGAGGGGAUUCAAGAGCGGCUGAAGGAUAUUACGAAGAAGCUACAGGAUGCGGGUGCUGAACACAAAGAUUGUUGUGGAUUAGUUGGCUCUGGCAGUGGAUAUGAAGAUAGCAACAAGGAUGGGAAGGUAAAAGGGGCAUGA